AUGUAUACACAACUACUCGUUCACGACGUCGCCCCUUUUACGACGAGGCUGGCCUCGUGGGCUACCGUCAUCUUUAUCGGCUUCCUCUUCUAUCGUGCAUUCCUAGGCCCGCUAUCGCAUCUACCAGGACCUUUGCUAGCCAAAUUCACAGGGCAGUGGCGAAGUUUGCGAUACUGGCGUGGAAGGUGGCAUGAGGAUAUCUUGGAAGUCCAUCGUCAGUACGGUCCAAUUGUGCGAAUCGCCCCAAAUGAAGUCGCGGUGGUCGACCAAAAAGCCUUGAAGCUCCUUUACGGUCACGGACACAACGCUGCAAAGACGGACUGGUAUGGAUCCUGGGAUCCUGCAGUGGGACCUCCUGCUUUCUUCGCGGUACGGGACCGAAAACUUCAUUCUACCCUUCGAAAGCGCGUCUCGGGUGCCUAUACCAUGUCCGCCAUUCUCAAAUACGAGCUGCAUAUCCAAGACUGUUUAGAUCUAUUUCUCCGAAAAUUACAGAAACACAGCGCUGCAGGCUCUAAAAUAGAUAUGUCGAACUGGACGAAUGCUUUUGCUUUCGAUGUAGUCGGCGAAUUGGUCUACGGUGCACCCCUCGGACAUCUUGAGAGCGAGACCGACGUUUCAGGUUUGCGCAAGUCCAUUUUCAACAUAUUCUUCUGGAGCGCAAAUCUAGGUCACUACUGGGGCCAAAAGUCCUUGUAUUAUAACAAAUACUCACUAGCGGUUCGCAAAUUACUUGGAUCAAAGAAUUCGAUUACAGCGUUUCGCGAAUGGAGCAUAUCGAGAGUGAAAAAACGGUGGGACAUGCGUGAAACGGUGCCAUCACCAAGAAAUGAUAUGUUGUCUCAUUUUCUGCAUAUGAAAAAUCCAAAUGGCCAGGGAGUGAGAUUCGACGAGGUUUUGGGCGAAGCAAUGAACAUCAUCGGCGCUGGGGCUGAUACAACCUCGAUCGCAAUGAGAGCUUGCCUUUUUGCGGUAUGUUCACGAGCAGAUGUUUAUCAGAAAUUGCAAAAAGAGGUCGAUGACUUCUAUAAAGCCAAUAAACUCUCGCGCCCAAUCCAGUAUCUUGAGACGCAAAAGCUGCCAUAUCUAUGCGCAGUCACAAAGGAAGCCAUGAGACUCUUUCCUUCCAUUGUGUUUCAGCUCCUACGCUUUGCGCCCGAGGGAGGCAUUUGUGUCGAUGGUAAAACGGUCCCCGCAGGCACGCCUAUUGGAAUCAGUCCUGUCGCACAAAAUCGGGAUCCCCUUGUCUGGGGUGACAAUGCGGACGAUUUCCUGCCAGAAAGAUGGCUGGAAGGAGAGGAACGCACAAGAUACCUUGAUUCAAACAACAUGACCUUUGGAGGGAGCGGGCCUAGGAUGUGUGUUGGGAAGAAUAUCGCCCUUGUCGAGAUUCACAAGUUCCUUGCCCAAAUACUUCGACAUUUUGAUGUUGAGAUUGCGGACAAAGAGAAAUCGUGGCACGUCACGUCUUAUUGGUUUGCGUACCAACAUGAUUUCAACGUCCACGUCCGCGUCCGAGCACAGAACCCCUUACUAUCUAAGGAGAAGCCGACAGAAAUAGCAGUUGCCGCAUAA